AUGUCUUCUUGCUCCACUUUCAUCUUCCUUUUCUCCUUUCUCACAAGCUUCACAGCUUCUGCUCAAGAUCCCACUUACAUAUACCACAGUUGUCCGAAUACGACAACUUAUUCAAGGAACAGCACUUCCUUCACCAACCUCCGACUCCUUUUGUCUUUACUCUCCUCUCCCAAAUCCUCCUACACCACCGGAUACCAAAACGUCACCGUCGGGGAACCUCCGGACAGAGUCAACGGAUAUUUCACUUGCUUUGCCGUCUCGCCUGAACUUUGCCGUAGAUGUGUUGCCUUUUCCGUGUCGGACACCUUAAUUCGGUGUCCGAACCAGAAAGAGGUCCUGCUCAGUUACGAACAGUGUAUGCUCAAGUAUUCUUUCUCCAGAGAUUCUGUUCCAGCUCCCAGUUACGUAUACCAUGUCUGUGCAAAUACAACGACUUAUACAAGGAACAGCACUUACUUCACCAAUCUCAUAACCCUUUUAACUUCUCUCUCUUCCCGCAACAACGCCUCUCUCUCCAACGGUUUCCAAAACGCCACAUCGGGACAAGCUCCCGACAGAGUCACCGGACUUUUCCUCUGCCGAGGAGACGUCUCGACGGAAGUUUGCACCAGAUGUGUUGCCUUUGCUGUCGACGACACCUUUACUAGGUGUCCUAACCAGAAAGAGGUGACGUUAUAUUACGAUGAGUGUAUGCUCAGAUACUCUAACCGGAAUAUUCUCUCGACCCUUAACACUAAUGGAGGAGUUAGCAUGCCUAACCCCCAGAACAUUACAUUGAACCAAUUUGAGUUCAGAGAUUUGGUCUUGUCCACUAUGAACCAAGCAGCUACCGAUGCAUCCAGCAGUUCCCGGAAAUUCGAGGGGAGAACGGCCAAUUCCUCCGCCUUCCAGUUCCGGACUUUGUACGGACUAGUUCAGUGCACUCCUGAUCUGACAAGACAAGAAUGUUUCCGAUGUCUAAAUCAGACCAUCAAUGAAUUGCCUACUGACAAAAUCGGGGGAAGAAGUUUUGUGCCGAGCUGUAAUUCGAGAUACGAGCUUUACCCGUUUUACAACGAAUCCAACAUUGGAACAUCUCAACCUCAGCUCGAUUCAGCUCCACAGCCUGAAGGCGGAAACUCCUCUGCCAUAGUCAUCGCUGUUGUUGUUCCAAUCAGUGUUAUUUGUCUACUUCUCGUAGCUGUUUUCAGUUUCUGGGCAAAGAGAAAAAAAACGACAUCUUAUGAAACUGAACCACUAGCUGAUGGGGACGAUAUUACAACUGCAGGCUCACUUCAGUUUGAUUUUAAGGCAAUAGAAGCAGCAACUGAUAAGUUUUCUGAAAGCAACAAACUCGGUCAAGGUGGUUUUGGCCAAGUUUACAAGGGAACAUUUCCUAGUGGAGUACAAGUUGCGGUAAAGAGGCUAUCAAAAACAUCAGGACAAGGUGAAAGAGAAUUUGAAAAUGAAGUUGUUGUUGUGGCAAAGCUUCAGCAUAGAAAUUUGGUAAAACUGCUUGGGUUUUGUUUGGAAGGAGAAGAGAAGAUACUUAUCUAUGAGUUUGUACCCAACAAAAGCCUCGACUACUUCCUUUUUGCAGACUCUAUGAUGCAAAGCCAGCUAGACUGGAAAAAAAGAUACAAGAUCGUUGGAGGAAUCGCUAGAGGGAUUCUAUAUCUUCAUCAAGAUUCACGACUUACAAUCAUACAUCGUGACCUCAAAGCGGGCAACAUCCUAUUGGACGCUAACAUGAACCCGAAAGUUGCAGAUUUUGGAAUGGCAAGAAUUUUUGGAAUAGAUCAAACAGAAGCCAAUACGAGAAGAGUAGUUGGAACCUAUGGUUACAUGUCUCCAGAGUAUGCGAGGUAUGGCCAAUUCUCUAUGAAAUCAGAUGUGUAUAGUUUUGGGGUUUUAGUUCUUGAGAUUAUAAGCGGCAAGAAGAACAGGAGCCUCUAUCAAAUGGAUGGUAUUGCUGGCAAUUUGACUUGGAGACUAUGGAGCAAUGGAUCGCCGCUAGAGCUUGUAGAUCCGUCCUUUCAGGAUAAUUAUCAAACAAACGAGAUUACCAGAUGCAUCCAUAUCGCUUUACUUUGCGUUCAAGAAGAAGCUGAAGAUCGUCCAACCAUGUCAGCAAUCGUACAAAUGCUCACUUCUAGUUCAAUCGCUCUUGCUGUACCUCGACCACCUGGAUUUUUCUUCCAAAGCAUGGAUGAACAAGUAAGGAGAGCAGAUCCAGCUAUGGAUAUAUCUGCUCUCUGUUCUAUUGAUGAUGCAUCCAUUACUAGUGUAGCUCCUCGUUAA